GUCGCAAUCUUAACUCCCAUGUUGUUCGUACCCCUCCUGGCCUACGUCGUAUGGCCAUCCUUUGCCGAAUUCGUCACCGCAGGCAAUGUAUCGACAUCCGACAUCACGCAAUCCGAUCAGAUCAUACAGCGCAAUGCUCUCAUUGAGUCAUACCUUGGCCAUCGGCCCAUACGAGGGGUCAGGAAGAUGAGCGACGAUGAGGGUGAAAAGUUCUUCAUGGAUUAUUGGCAAUUUGAUGACGACGACGACGAGAACUAUUAUACGAUCGGCAACUCGUCCAACACCUCCGAUGAGUUGACGUCGCCAGCAAGACGUUCUGAGAACCUACAAACGACGGAGGAAAUCGACUUUCAACCACAGACAUUCCCCUUCAACCCCUCGUACUCGAGUGGUUUGGAAGGCGAGGGGCGCGGUUGGAGGGCGAAUUUCUCACCGCUUCUUCGGCGGGACUUCCGUUGUCCGAGCGGCACCUCCAACUGCACAUCGAUCGACCGGCCCGACAGCUGCUGCAGUACGGAUGAUACGUGCGUCCUGGUCAAGGACACCGGGUCCGGGGACGUGGGCUGUUGUCCGAAUGGCAAGACCUGCUCGGGCACCAUCGGCUCAUGUUCCGAGGGGUACUCCAGCUGCCCGUCAUCCAUGGGCGGCGGAUGCUGCAUUCCAGGCUAUGAGUGCGUUACUGGUGGCUGUAAGUGGACUUUGAUGAUAAGCUUCCCCCCGCUGCAGGACUUAUGCUGAUCUCGUGCGUAGGUAUGCGGGUCUUUACCAUCACGGUGACCGUGAGCUCGACCGUUAUGCUGUCCACCUCCACACAGACAGUUGCCGCGACUACCAACACGCUAUCCACGGGGGAUCUGAUUCCUCCCGCACGGCCUACGAGUGUGUCCACG